ACACCAUCAUAUCAUACGGUACCGGCAGUUGAAGUUGCCCUGCCAUGACCUUCUCGAUUGUUAGAAAAAGGGUCCUGCUUCGAAUGCUUGGAUUUUCUCCUCUUGCCACCGGUAGACUACUUUUUCGGGGUUGUAUUUGGCCACUCAAAAAUCCGGAAAUUUCUAUCCUAUCAUACUUGUCAUGCAUGCUCUUUGCCUCCAGAAUUGGAACAAAGCGGCAACCGGGCCGAGGUAACGAUAAGCCUACGGAAAAACUAUUUUCCGAGGCAGGGGCCGCUUAUGUACUCGAGUACUCAGAUCUGCCAGUGGUUGCUUUUGCCCUCGGAAGGAAAAGGCCACCAAGACGAGACGACGUCAUUCCUCGCGCAUUGUGAUUAGGUCAAGACUUCUGGGAAACAUUUUGGUGAGGAAGCGGCCUGUGGUUUUCUCGCUCAACUGUGACCGCACCCAAGCAAAUUGCGCGUCCGCCCGCCCCGCUGGUAUAAGAGGGCACCCCUACAUCGGUUCUAUCAUACACAAUGGUGACCCCCGCCAUUGGAAAAUCCUUUUUCUCCUUUCCUCCCUCUUCUUCCUCCUCUGCGCUGAGGAGUUUACUGAACAUCACACGAUCAACAACAACGUUCAGACCAUCAACUGCCUGCUGUGCAACUAGGCCGGUUUCAAUUCCAAUAAUCCACAGAAUGCCUCUCGUCCGUCUCCCCCACACACCAUCAGUUUCAUCAAUUCCCCUGCUUACAGCUUUUUUUCUUCUUUCGCUAGGUUACUAUCAAUCAAUCCAUCCGCGAAUCGUAAGUCGUACGAUAAGUUACUUUGUGAUAUCGAGGUCAAUUAGCACUAACAUUCUGUCCCAUGUCAGUCUUAAGAAACAUGGAGUUAUUCCCGAUGGUUUGCCCUCUUAUCCAAUCCCGAGCAACUGCUUUCACGCUAACACUAGCUAUUGUCGUAGUCGUGGACGACUUCACCCCAACAACCAUGAUAUCAAUUGCAUAUCCCAACGCGAACAAAGAGGUCUCCCUAGGGAACACCCUGAAACCCGAGGACGCACAGGAAAAACCCACGAUCCAAAUAACCCCAGAAGGAACCGACGAGUCACAAACAUACACCAUUGUAAUUAAAUCAACCAUGACACAUAUCCAUUCUUGUUAUGUACUUGUCAAGGAGAAGGAGUGGCUAUGCUAACGAAACCAACCUUAACCCAACCCCCCACCAGGUUCUGACGGAUCCAGACGCACCAUCUCGCGACAACCCGGAAUGGUCCGAGUUCUGCCAUUGGAUCGUUACAGAUGUCAAGCUUCCUUCCUUGGAAACCCUCUCGUCUGCUCAAACUGCCGAGGCCGCUUCGGUCAACCUUUCCGAUGCGAGUGAGCUCGUGGAGUACGCGGGACCGACACCGCCGGAGAAGACCGGGAAGCACAGAUACGUCUUUCUCCUCUACAGGAAUGAGGGCUCGAAGAAGCUGGAGGGGCCAAGUAGGAGGAGGAAGUGGGGGAAUGAUGACUACAGAAAGGGAGCAAGGCAGUGGUCCGAUAAAUACGGUCUUUCGCUCGUUGGUAGGAUCCGCAGUAUAUUUUCCCGAUUGGGUGAUUUUCCUUGCUGAUCUCGCUUUGCACUGCCGGUAUUAUAGGUGCGAACUUUUUCUUUGCUCAGAAUUCGAAGCAGUGAGGUGAUGAAUCAAUUAAGAAAUAAAAUCCAAACAUCGGUAUCCUCCACUGCGCGAAAUUGCAUAAACAUAUGUCCGUGUUGAAAAAAAAAAAGGGGAAAACUUCCAGGCGGAAACAUGAAAAAAGAAAAGCCAAACAAGCCAAAACAUCCCAACCGUAUCACGAUCCAUAAACACCACCCAAAUCCUCCACACCACCAUCACAGGAACCCUGAUCCACCCGGCUACACCCUACCGAUAUCAAAAGACAGUCCAGAUCAGCAGACCCCGUGCUAUAUAUAACAUUAUAACAACAAUCGCUCCCCAUCCUUACCCCUCCUCCCCCUCAGCAAGCCCAAACAAGCUCAGAAAUUCACCCUCAUCUCACUCACAUACUGGUUCCUUUUCGCCCUCCGCGGACUCGGAGCCUUCUCCUUCUUCUGCUUGCGGCCCGCGAAGGCAGGUCCAGCAGGCUCCAUUCCAGACCGUAACCUCCUAAACACAGACUUAAACUUUGACCCCGCCGAUGAGGACUUCGCCGAAGCGCCCAGUAGAAGGCGUUGAGCAGUCGAAGCGCAAGAAUCGAUAGAGGGUCUGAGAUUGGGGAUGCCGGACAUGGCGGGGUUCGUUUCCGGAGACGCGGGGCCGUAGAGAAAGAGCCGAGUACGGUAGACUAUUCGUUCGGGUUACGGAAAGGUUGCUCGCUCUUCUGAUUUUUUCAACAGCUUUGUCGGGAAACCGAGUGAUUACUGGAGCACCGCGAACUCGAUGCAGAACUUGGUGAAGAGCUGAAGGGACCGGAAACAUGAGCCCUUUUAUCCCCCUCCCAAAGCACAUACCGAGCGCACGGAAGCACCAAGAUGCCCUCUCAACGAAAUAAUAAUAAAAUAAUAAUAACAACAAAUAGAUACUCGACCCACCACCACUGCAUUGCCGCUCAAGGUCCUACCUUACCUCCCACCUGCCAUAUCGCGCAUCACAUCCCACCACGCUACGAUAUACCCAACCGCACCUAAAACAGGAACACCAGUUCAUCAUUCCCACCUGCGAGCAAAGUAUCGCUAUAGUACUGGCACUAUCCUUUAUCCAGCCCCGGAAACCCAGCCCCUUGCCAACCUGCCUAACAAGGGUGGGGGGUGGGGGGUAUACCGGUAUGAUACUUGUAUGAUGUACUGUAUCCGGGCCUGCUAAUACAAUGUGCUUAUCGCUCGUUACACGCCCACUCAGCCAGUGGGAAGGGUAAAGCUCUGUCCCUUUUCCGGAUACGGUGCUGUGAGUAUAAUAUACCACGAUAGUGCUCUCUCCCUGCUCCCUUCGCCUCGCCCGUGAUAACGGUAUAUCCGAUGUAGCUCUUUUGCAAGGGAAGUCGAGGAAAGCUUGAUUAAUCGGCGGUCUCGUUCGGUAUUGUACUAGUAUAGUACGAGUACUACAUUAUAGGUAUGAUACCGUGCUAGCCGGUUUUUUUGUUUUUCAUUUUUGAAGCGCAGCGGGGUUGUUCAGUCAAUCAGUCAAUCAGUCGAAUCUCGACGAUUUGGUGUGCCUUCCUCGGUACUCUGCCCGAGCGAUGGAUGAUCUACCGUGGGGUACGGUACCCGAACACGCGACCAACCAACAAGUGCGCGGGGGCGAAUCACUUGCUUUGCCUCCCGAUCCGGUGAGUUUUGGGAGAGGUGCGGUACAGGUGAUUUCGUGCUGCGGGGAGUACGGUUAAUCGGACUAUCGUGUUGCGUACUGUACUAGUAUAACAAUAAUAACUGCUCGAUUGGUGGGUUUUGAUGGGGGAUUAAUCAUUUCCUCACUUGGACCUUUUUCUUCUUCUUUCUUUUCUUUUUUCUACCUCUCGGUACUUGUGUGUACUUGUACCAUUGUACGGUACAGUAUGUCUAUGAUAUACAAUCUACUACCAUUCCGUUAAUCCCGGUACCAACCUAGCGCAUUCCAUCAGAUCUCUCUCCUCUCCCCUCCCACUCCAGCAUAGUAUCGCCUACCAUAACAACCGCCUUACCAACGGCCUGUUUGGAUACGACCGUUCCCUCCGUUUUCAUAUACAAAUGCUGUUACCCUUCCGUUGCAUAACGGUCGUAUCCGAACGGGUCCUCGCUGUACUGUAAACUGUGCGGUAUUCCCAACUCCCCGCUUCCAAUGCCACCUACGAAACUGCACUGAACCGGAUGGGAUGGUAUGGGUGGAUGGGACGAUCCGAGUGCGUGGCCUGCACGAUCGGCUGUUGUGCUACUUAAAUUACUAUACCGUAUCAUACUAUGAUUAUUUUUAUAUGCUGGUGGGGGAGGGGGGGGGGGGGCUAAAACGGUUUAGAGGUGGGAAAGUGAACAUGGGAUUAUCACAUCAUACUAUGAUAGCAGAGUAGGCCGUGGGCGAGGU